CCGGGACGCAGGUCGGCCGUCUCGAGCUGGGAGGAGGGGAGGAAUCGAACGUCGCGGCCUCCCGGGAGCGGACUCGGAAGACCUGGCCUCAGACUAGGCCCUUCUGCGCAGAAGUGACGGUACCGAGAGUCGACUGGUCAGAAGAAUGGAUUUUACAGAGGCUUACUCUGCUACAUGCUCCACGGUUGGACUUGCUGCCAGGGAAGGCAAUGUUAAAGUCUUAAGAAAACUGCUCAAAAAGGGACAUAGCAUUGAUGUUGCUGAUAACAGGGGAUGGAUGCCAAUUCAUGAAGCAUCUUAUCACAACUCUGUAGAAUGUUUACGGAUGUUAAUUCAUGCAGAUUCAUCUGAAAACUACAUUAAGACAAAGACUUUUGAGGGCUUCUGUGCAUUGCAUCUUGCUGCAAGUCAAGGACAUUGGAAGAUUGUACAGAUUCUUUUAGAAGCUGGGGCAGAUCCUAACGCGACUACAUUAGAGGAAACCACGCCACUGUUUUUAGCUGUUGAAAAUGGACAGAUAGAUGUGUUAAGGCUGUUGCUUCGACAUGGAGCAAAUGUUAAUGGAUCCCAUUCUAUGUGUGGCUGGAACGCUUUGCACCAGGCUACUUUUCAGGAAAAUGCCGAGAUCAUAAAAUUGCUUCUUAAAAAAGGAGCAAACAAGGAAUGCCAGGAUGACUUUGGAAUCACACCUUUAUUUGUGGCUGCUCAGUAUGGCAAGCUAGAAAGCUUGAGCAUACUUAUUUCAUCGGGUGCAAAUGUCAAUUGUCAAGCAUUGGACAAAGCUACUCCCUUAUUCAUUGCUGCUCAAGAGGGCCACACAAAAUGUGUGGAGCUUUUGCUGUCCAGUGGGGCAGAUCCAGAUCUUUACUGUAAUGAGGACAAUUGGCAGUUACCUAUUCAUGCAGCUGCACAAAUGGGCCAUACAAAAAUCUUGGACUUGUUAAUACCGCUUACCAACCGGGUUUGUGACACUGGGCCAGACAAAGUGAGUCCCGUUUACUCAGCAGUGUUUGGAGGACAUGAAGAGUGCCUAGAAAUGUUACUCCGGCAUGGCUACAGCCCAGAUGCCCAGAUGUGCCUUGUCUUUGGAUUCAGUUCUCCCAUGUGUAUGGCUUUCCAAAAAGACUGCGAAUUUUUUAGAAUUGUGAAUAUUCUUUUGAAAUACGGAGCCCAACUAAAUGAACUUCAUUUGGCAUACUGCCUAAAGUAUGAGAAGUUUUCAGUAUUUCGCUACUUUUUGAAGAAAGGUUGUCCAUUGGCACCGGGGAACCAUAUUUCUGAAUUUAUAAACCAUGCGAUUAAAGCACAAACAAAAUACAAGGAAUGGCUGCCAUAUCUCCUGCUUGCUGGAUUUGACCCACUGAAUCUACUGUGCAGUUCGUGGAUUGACUCCGUCAAUGUUGACACCCUUAUCUUCACUUUGGAGUUUACCAAUUGGAGGAGGCUUCCUCCAACUGUUGAAAAAAUGCUCUCCGCUCGUGCGUCAAACUCCUCUUGGGCUCUGCAGCAACAUAUUGACACCUGCCCUGGAGAAUCACCUGGCCUGAGGAAGAUUUUACAUGAGGAAGAAAUAAACCUUUGUUGUGUUAAGAUACUGGUUUUUAAGAUUUAUAUGUUAUCACAGCACAACAUAGCCUGUAACCCAGUUAACCCAUAACUAAAUCCUGUGUCAGAGUCCAUGUCCAAUGAAAGGUCAAUAAAAGCUACAAAUAAUGUAGUCGUGUACUUGGUAAUGAGUAUUUAUACAAAUGCUGUUUGGUGGAAUAACUCAACUAAAAACCACCUGCUUUUUAUUUUAAAUGCUGAUUUAUAAAACCCCAACUUGCAGUUUUCAGAUAAAAUUUUUAGUAAAUUGAAAGGUCUCUAAAUUUGGUAGGGAUCAGGAAAAUAUGUGGAGUAAAGAGUUGUCCUUUUAAAACUACAGGAAACAUGGUAUAUUGUGUCUAGUCACAGGGACCAUGCCCAUAGAAUUAUUAAAGCUCGGUAUUUGGUGAGACUCAGAAGCCACUAGAGUUUUUAACUCUAGAGGCAUUUUCUCUGGUUUGAGGCAUUAUCACUACAAACCCCAACAGUAAUUGCCUUUCAUCUUGAAAAAUUAAACAUGUGAUCUUCUAUUUAUAGAGUAGAAAACUUGACCUCCAAGAUUCCAGCCAUAUUUUUGGCCUUUAUAACUCUAGCAGAAUCAUGCCUUGAUUAACAGUGUCCUACAGACUGCCCUUAUUGUUAGAUUUAAGACCCAGACUUAGUUUUGUUUUUUAAUGAGAAAUUUAUAGUUAACUGAAAAUUUUAACAAGAUUCCAUCUGCCCAUUUAUAAUUUUAGCUUCACACAACCUCUUACUAAUCCAAGUGUAGCAUCACAUAGCAUUUCUUACUAAUCCACAUGGCUGUGUGUGUGUGGUGGGGAAAUUCUUACUAAACAUACUAACAGGUUGUAGCCAUAGUUGCUGGGACAUUUUGCUGUUAAAACUGUUCUGAUGUUGUCAGUAGUCUGUUCGUAAGCUGAGAGAGGAGAAAGUGUUGCCCUGGAGCAAUUAAAACAGAAUUUUAAUUCUUUCUUUCUUUUUUUUUAAAGUAUUCCAAGUACCAGGUCACCAAUAUUAUUUGAAAGACCAUCUUACUUCUCCUAGAUAUGUAUUGCAUUGGAUUUGUGUGUAGGCAGACCCUGGGGACUGCCUAUAUCCAAAUUAAAAAAAAUUAUUUUCUAGACCCAAAAUAAUCUAUUUUAAGGUAGACAGGCAAUUAGAAUAGACCCUUUAGCUACUGAUAGCUUGUUCAUUUGAGAAUUUUUAAUCAUUCAGUCUGUAAGUUUAGUUAGUUACAAAUAUGGACCAUAGGCAGAAGUUUUCAGUAAAGAGAAGCUAUCGUGAGUAUUUCUAUAGGUGGACAUUUACAAAUCUAGUUGUUUAUAUACAUUAAUUCCUUAGUGAGUAGAUUCUUUAAAGACACUGACAAUUUAUGAAUGAAGAAAUAAAGCAAGCAUAGUUCUUGAGUGCAGGGGCUAAAGGGAAUGAUGCAGGGUUAUGGCAGAGGCUUGACAUGUUUUAUAGAUUAAGGUGUCUGAGUUUGUAAAAACAACAACAUUAAAUAUUUGGUUAAAAAUCUUGGAUUUUUAUUUUAUUAUCACUGGAUAAAAAUGAUUAUUUAUGUGAUAAGGUUUCUGAUAAGCCAGAGGGAGAUGGGAUUAGCCUUGAAUAGGCCCAUUUCUUUCGGAAGAAGAGAGAUGAAGAUGGUGUGAUUCAAGAUAAGUUUAUAGUUGGAGAGCCAUGCCUUCAGAGAGAGAGGGCCCGGAAGUCCUCCUGUUUCACUUUGAAGUAGGAAGGAAAUGGUGCUGAGGAGACUGAAGUGACAGAUGGUUGAGAAUGGUUGUUGUGGGAAAUGAAUGAGGGACCCUGCAUACCUGGCUAGUGAUACUAGCUCAUAUGGUUAUGGGAUCAUUUUGGUUAUGGGAUCCCGGCAUCACUUCACUUUCUCUGUGUUGAGGUGCAGAAGGAGAGUGGUUAGAUUGAUCCUGGGGAUUGUCAGAGAAGAACUGAGGAUGAUAAAAUAACAUAAGUGGUGGGCCUUCUGGAAUCUAGUCUCAAUAGGAAAGGACAUGAGAAAGAAAGGGACCUGAUAGUGGCAGGAGGAGUCGGGAGACCUGAGGUCUCCAUGAUAUGAAAGAUUUGGGUGUAUUGGCAGUAAGAGAAUGCAGAGUCUGAAAGGAUAGGCAGUAGUGUACACUGGAAUUUAAAGACAGAAAGCCACGAGUCUGGAAUUGGUGCAGAACCAUGAGAAUGCUACAUUUGCCUCCUAGACUUUGUGGUAGGUGUGACAGGGGUGGACGAAUGAGAAAAUUCUCUGUGACAAAUUGGUCAAGGAAGUAAUUUCCCUGGGAGGACCAGGCUUCUGUGAUGACAGAGGAGGAGAGUUUUUUCUACAGUGUUCUAGAUGUAGGCGAGUUUGUUUAUGGUAGAAUGGAGAUUCCUGAGAACUUUAUGGAAAAGUUUUAGAGCAGUUAAAAUUUACUUUAUAAUAUUGAGUCUAAUUUUUUCCUCUUGUCUCAGAUUACUGUGUUUUAAUACCCUAAACAGGGUAGGGUAAUGAAGAAUGGAUUUUUCUAGGAGAUUCUAAGACGAUGAUUCAUUCUUUCAUUUGAUAACCACAGGAAAUUGCUUAGGCUAGAUGAUUUUAGUAAUUUGCAAAUAUUACAGGCUCCAAAGAGGCAUUCUAAAGGUGGGAAAGAGGAAGAUGAAAUUGCUUAUCAAUGAUUAAGUUCUCUUUCAUUUUGUCUUUUCUCUACUAGUGAUGUAGUUGUAAGAAUUGAGUUUUCGUCUGCCCACCACCACCACCACACCAGCUGAAAACACGUGGCCCAAUGCUUUGUACUUACAUAUCAAUAUGGGUUAGAAAAAUGUUUUUUGGAAAAUCUCUGUAAGAAUGACUACUGAUGGAGUCAUGGAGAUAACAUCAUUCGUGAAAUGAGUUUAUUACAUCAUUAAUAGACUAACACAGGAAAGGAGUUGAAACCAGAACAGCACAAAGUAAUACCGUGGUGUAUAACUUCCUAAAAACAUGACUUUUGAAAUAUAUUAAAGUCUUUGUAGUACUUUAUAAUGUGAUGGGAGUGACCAUAAUAAUUGUUUAUACAUAUAGAAGUUUGGUCAUUCUCCUAUGGCACAAUAUGUAAGAGCCCUCAAACUUAAAGAUGGAUUAUAUACUUUUUUUCUUGCUAAAAUACCACUGUUCUAAUUUUUCUUAACCUCCUUUUUCUUGGUGAUAAAUAGGUAUCAGUAGUAUGAAAUCUUGUGCAUAUUUUCUAAAAAUUCUGUUAGUUUAAGGUGAAGAUGAUAUUUUAACUGAGUGAGAAAGUAAACACUUUCUGAAGGAAAGCUUUGCUUGGGGAGAUGAUUCUGAAAAAGAUACUGGGAAAUACUUCUAUUGUUAAGUGAUUUUCUUCCCAAAAUCCAUGUGUGUCACCUAGAAAAAUUCUCGUAUUGACAUAUUUAAAGUACUUGGAAACUGUUUCCUUGGGUUUUGAAUGCAUUUAAUAAACAUGUAGAGAAGCAAAACUUUCUAAUUAGCUUAUAAACUGAUAACAGAAAAAAUAGAAAUUUGUUGGAUAAAUUCUGAUAAAAACUUUUGCAUAAUUGGAAGAUGGGAUCAGAUAGUAUCCUGAUUAGUUCAACUAAGCCACAAUGUAUUCCUCCCAUUUGGACCUCAUGCUUUUGUAAGAUAUUUUUUUAGCCAUAUCAGCCCUUACAUCCAAGUAUUGAAAUAAACUGGACCUAGAACCAAAUCUUGGAAUUGCCAAGUCACUAAGAAUUAAAUUUAUAAAGGUUAGUCAAUCACCUUGCUCUUGUUAAAAUGUUAUUAAUAUUUUUAGUAAAAGUAAAAAAGAUUUUAUACCUCUAAUAAACAUUUUUAAAAAGUGUAUCUUAUUUUAGCUUAUUCUUUUAAUUUUAUGUCUUAUAGUAUAAAUAAUGUUAAUUUAAUAGUAUGUACAUAUUACUGAUAUGUAAUUAAGUAUCUACACUUUGGCGUUAUGUAGUCAAAGACUUUUCCCUAAUUGGGUGUGCAGUCAAAACAUUUGGAGAUCACUAGGUUAGAUGGUGUGUAGGAUUUGUAUAUUAUUUUAUAGUUUAUAAAAUGCUUCUGCAAAUGUGUUCUAACUUGAACCUCAUCAGCAACCUUUCAAUGCAGAGAGGUGUCAUCCUGUCAGUUUUAUAGAUGAGGCAUUAUGCCUGUGUUACAGAGGAGGAACUCAAAGUCAAAGUAUUUAAAUGACUUGUCCAAGGUCAUACAACUUGUUAAUAGUGGCUUCUCAAUUCCAGGCAGGUCGUUUUACUAUAUGGUGCUAUUUCCAUUCAUUUUGUUUAUUGCUGUUCUACUGGUCAUUCUCCAUGUUUUGAUUUCCUGCCCUAAUCUGUCUGUUAUUUAUUUUUCAGAACCCUCAAGUAGUUGCAUUUUGUAUGUUGUCUGGAGUUUUUGGUUGUAAUCUGUGAGAGAGAGAGAGAGAGACUGUACUGGUAAAUUAAGAAAGACUAGGAACAAAGGAUGGAAAUCAACCAGAAGGACAGUAUAUUAAUGAUGGAAAUAUAAAUUGUACUAGAUGGCCCAGAAGUCAAAUGAAUACAUUUCAUGCGGAAAGCCAUGCAGAGGAACCUGAGAAAUGUAGUCCAGGCAGAUAGAUCAUUUGAAUAUUGGCAUGAGGGCAGGCUAGAGAUGAUUGGUUGUGGAAAGUAUAGAUAGUGGGUAUGUAUGAUGUAUGUGUAGUUCUGUGCUAUAGUAAAGUUGGCAUUAAUAAGCAUAUGAAUUAAGAAUUGUGGGGUUUGGUUUUAUCAUGCUUCAUCUUAAAACUUCAUAUAACAUGUAGCCUUCUGUUUUGAUUGUUCUGUCAGUACAUACAACAAAAAGAGCAAAAUAGAAUUCUGUAUAGGAAUGAAAAGUUAAAGGUUGUUUGUCUGCUAAUGGAUGUAUAGAUAAACUAGGUUUAAUAUACUAAAUUGAAUAUGACUGGGUCAUAAAAGUGACUUAAAAGUAUAGCACGGUUUCAGACAUCAUUUUCUAGGCUAUGAUCAGUGCCAUAAUCCAAGAAGACAGAGAUGUAUUUAAAUUAAAAUCUGGUUUUAAGAGGUUUUCAUGAAAGUGUGUUUUUACAUAUGUACAGCUUCUGGGCUAUUUCAUACUAUAAAUUCAAGGCAUGGCUUGAUCUUCUCUCAGCCUAGUGAUAACAUAUCUGGAAAUCCUAUGCAUCGCUAAAACUUUCAUAGGAAUUUUGUGAGCUUGGAAAUAUUGCAUAUGUGAUUAUAAAGUUCCUUUAGUAUUCACUAGCAUAUUAAACUAAGAUGUCACUGAGGGGUAUAUUAUUGUCUGUGUUAAUAAGCUACAGAUGAAAAACUCCCUUCAGUUCAAGUGAAUACAGUUCUUCUUUCUAACUGUUCAUGAUGCCAUUGAUCUGUUGUGCUCACAGGAGAAAAACCAAAAUGGUACAAUUGAAAUUGUAACCAAUGUCUCAAGUAACUGUACUCCCUUUUUUUUUUUUUUUGUAUUAUGAAAUGGAAAGAUAAUCUGAAACUUAGAAUAGUUUCAGUGGCUUAGAACAUGUAAGAGAAUUACUUUGGGCUUUUCACACUUUAAAGAACCCUAGAUUUGGAAUCAGAUCACUUGGAUCUGAUACAGCUAUUUUGUUGAUGUACAGUGUCAACAUGGGCAAGUUACUUAAACUUCUCAUAGCAAAUGUGUAUUGGUCCAGUGGGGCUUGAUCACAAAUGAUUAUGUUUCCACAUACGUAUUACAUAUACAUACAUAUGCAUAUAAACAAACAAAUAAAUGGUUUCUUUGAAGCUUUGAAGAUAGUGCUACAGUGUUGUAGUCAGAUGGCUUGGAAAGGCUUGUUGGCACUGCAGGAGGCUGUGGGGCAGCCAGAGGAGCUCUCCUCAGCCUGAGGAAUUUGUAAGUCAGUGAUCUAUCAAGUCAGAGAAGCUGACAAGGCAUUAAGAAUCCUUUAGCCCAGGUGGGCAGCUCUCCUCCAGGUUCUACAAGCAUCCUUUAUCUUCCUUCUGGGUGUGUAUUAAGGAACUAUGUUAACAAGAGUGUGCAGAGGAAGAAAUUUCAGAUGAACAAGAUGCAUAUUAAACCCCAACUGAAUAUAAGUAAAAAUUCUCUUAACCAACUUCAUUGUAACUCACAUAUUCUGAUCUUGUCAUUUCCUCUGACAGUCCCACCCAACUACGCUCAUGAUGUGCUUAGUGUUCGCAGUGGAUAGGCUGCUUUCUAGUAUGCCUGCAUGCUUGUGUUCAUACAAGCUGAACUGUGUGCUUCCCAAGAAUCACUUAUGCUUGUUUCUAAAACUUUUAUGACAUUUGUGCAUACCCAGCGACAUUAGGACCAGUUAUUGUUCCUGAUCUCACUGGGUGAGAGGGCUUCUUUAUUAAGUCGUACUUCAAAAUAGUUAACCUACUCACUGAAGUUGAACCCACUUACUCAUUUGGAAAACUGGGCAUGUGCAGUUUGGGCAUGCUUUUUAUGUGCAUUCUUGCUUAUCUCUGUGUUGUUUCCCUUACCUAUGUUUUCCCAUCUUAGAAGUGAGAAAAGGGUUCUUCCUUUUAAGUUUGCAGAAUAGGAUAAAAUUUAAACAAGAUAUAGAUAUGGAAAUACUGGAAAUAAAUACACUAUGUACUGUAGAUGCGAUAGUCCUACUAUCUAUAAUGGGGAGUCUGAGUUAUGGUUUAAGAAAAUUCUCUUCUUUUCUUAGAUUCAGGUUUAUGUACAAAAUCAGAUAACUCCUUUGCUUUACUUAUUUGGCAUUUCGAAAAACUAUGGUUUGAAGAGUUUCCCAUAUUCUUAAUAAACUACACUUAAGCCAAUAGGCUUAAACUAAAAUGUUAGUGGAUUAACUUCAGUGGUUUGGAAGGUGUUGAAGAUGUUAGAGAAUUAGAAUGGCAGGUCCUACAGGAUAUUAGUUUACAGAACUCUGGACUUGGAGUCAGACCAGCUGGUCUGGUAUCAGCUGGGCUCCUGAUAGUAUUUGCCUUUGCUGCUCUGAUCCUGGUCUGUUAAUCAUUGUUAUAUGUCAUGAGGACUUAUAAAAGAUUUCUUAGACUAAUAAAAGACUUUAGAUUUGAUCCACACGUAAAACCAAUAGUUGUUUUUGAUACUCUCAGUUUCUGUGAACAUUAGCUUCUUUAUUUUUUAAAAAAAUUUUAAAAGAUUUUAUUUAUUUAUUUGCGAGACAGUGAGUGAGAGAGAGAGCACAACCAGGGGCAAAGGGAGAGGGAGAAGCAGGCUUCCCACUAAGCAAGGAGACCGAGGUGGGGCUCUAUCACAGGACCCUGAGAUCAAGACCUGAGCCGAAGGCAGACCCUUAACCAACUGAGCCACCCAGGUGGCCCAACAUUAGCUGCUUCAGUUAACACUUCUGUCUUAGAAAAUGAAAUGCUAUUUUAUGAUUCUUAAUUAAGUACUUCUGUAUAAUCCUUUAAUUGGUAAUUAGCUUUCGGCAGUAGUAGUUUCAAGUGUGUAUGCAUGGGUUGGGGUCAUAGCCACUUUAGUUUGAAUCCUGGUUCUUACCAUGUACAAGAUGUAUAACUUUUGGAAAGGUACGUAAACCUCUUUAGAUUCUAUUUUCUUACGUCUGUAUGAGUGUGAUAAUAUAUACUUCAUAGGGUAAUGAAGAUAGAAAGAUCAUGUUUGUGAAGUGUAUGGGCAUGUGGCAUAGGUACUCAGUAAGUGCUCCUUUUCUCUCUGUGUCAGUUUUAAAUUUUUAUUCUGUGUUAUGGAUAAAAAGAGAAAAACCUCUGCAAAUUACUCAUUCCUUCACUUGAUGUGGUUGCUGUAGAGACCAUUUGCAAUGCCACAGAGUCAGAGGGAUAUGAUAUUUGCUGCUGUAAGUUUCUGUCAUUUCUAAAAUUAGUUCACCCAUUUCUUAAAUACCAACUGGUACUGCCACAUCUUUAGAAUGUGAACAUUUAGUUUUAUAUGGCCCUGAAACUGACUUUCAGUGUGUGGCCAGCAACUGGAGAGAGAGGAACCAAGUAAAGGCUGUAAAGAGAAUAAAAGGAGUAAAUACGGUUUGUUGUGGUCAUCCCCACCCAACAGAUCUUUCAAAAGUAAUCUAAGUAACAUGUGCUUUCUCUUUACUACAAAUAAUUGGAAAGUUCUAAAAAAGAAAAUUAAAAAAAAUUCAUCUUUCCUUUUUUUUUUUUUUUUUUU